UUAGUAGCGAUAAAGCAAUAAUGUAUCGGGUAUAGCUCACUGGGUGGACAAGAAACCUAUUCCUGGCUACACGUUGUUCUGUCCAAAACCCACAACGAAGAAACCCUGUCUGGAAUCCAACUAAUCAUGGAUGGUGAGGAGAAAACCUAUGGGGGCUGUGAAGGCCCAGAUGCUAUGUAUGUGAAGCUGAUCUCUUCAGAUGGCCAUGAGUUCAUAGUGAAAAGAGAACAUGCCUUAACCUCUGGGACAAUUAAGGCUAUGUUGAGUGGACCUGGUCAAUUUGCGGAAAAUGAGACGAAUGAGGUCAAUUUCAGAGAGAUCCCAUCUCAUGUCCUCUCCAAAGUGUGCAUGUACUUCACCUACAAAGUGCGAUACACCAACAGCUCCACGGAGAUCCCCGAAUUCCCAAUUGCCCCUGAGAUUGCACUGGAACUGUUAAUGGCUGCCAACUUCUUAGAUUGUUAAAAGAUGGAAAGUAAAUGUCAUAGCCUCAGCGUGUUAGUUGUGUUUUUGCAUAUUUAACUUGUGUAUGCAGUUUAUUUGAGAAGGAAACGAAAUGAGUUGCUUUUUAUGUAUCCUCAGUAAACUUGUUUAUUUUUUUCCCUGUGCACUUAAGUAUUACUCCACUUUUUAUUAAUAGUGAUUAACUUUAUUUUAAUAAACAAAUAUGGCUGCACACAACUUCACGUAGUUGCCAGAGCCAUGGUCUGAGUAAUUAUAUACACUAUAUUAGCACUAUAAUAUUAGUGAAUGUGUUAAAUGUUAUAGCGUCUCUGGUAUCUUUCCAUUUUGUUAUUCCUCAUUGUAUCUCAUCUUUUCACAUCUCAUUUCAUUACAAACUGCAUCCCCCGGUUCUUACUUGCUGGUCUGAUUAGUCAUUUUUAUUGACUAUUUACUUAAUAUACUUUUAAUCAAGUUCUCCCAGGAGAAAA